UCCUCCUCCUCCACCUCCUCCUCCUCCUCCUCCACCUCCUCCUCCACCUCCUCCUCCUCCUCCUCCUCCUCUUCCUCUCCGCGCCUUCGCUCCGCGCCCGGCCGCCCGAGGCAGAUCCAGGAGGCGGCGGAGGCGGCGGGCGCAGGAGCGCGGCUCCCGGGGCUGCAGCCGCCACCGCCAGCGCCGCCUGCGCUCGGGGCCGGUGGCCGCGGCCGUCGUCGCCGCCGCGCGCGGCGAGCAGCGGGAGCGGGAGCCGUGAGCGGACGCGGGGCUCGCCGGAGCCGGCGGGGCGGGCGGACGCGGGCUGGCCAUGCUCCUGGACGCGGGGCCGCAGUUCCCGGCCAUCGGGGUGGGCAGCUUCGCGCGCCACCAUCACCACUCGGCCGCGGCGGCGGCGGCGGCGGCCGCCGAGAUGCAAGACCGAGAGCUGAGCCUGGCGGCGGCGCAGAACGGCUUCGUGGACUCGGCCGCCGCGCACAUGGGCGCCUUCAAACUCAACCCGGGCGCGCACGAGCUGUCCCCCGGCCAGAGCUCGGCGUUCACGUCGCAGGGCCCCGGCGCCUACCCGGGCUCCGCCGCCGCCGCCGCUGCCGCCGCCGCGCUCGGCCCCCACGCCGCGCACGUCGGCUCCUACUCGGGGCCGCCCUUCAACUCCACCCGGGACUUCCUUUUCCGCAGUCGCGGCUUCGGGGACUCGGCGCCAGGCGGCGGGCAGCACGGCCUCUUCGGGCCCGGGGCUGGCGGCCUGCACCACGCGCACUCGGACGCGCAGGGCCACCUCCUGUUCCCCGGCCUCCCCGAGCAGCACGGGCCGCACGGAUCGCAGAAUGUGCUCAACGGGCAGAUGCGCCUGGGGCUGCCCGGCGAGGUAUUCGGGCGCUCGGAGCAGUACCGCCAGGUGGCCAGCCCGCGGACCGACCCCUACUCGGCGGCUCAGCUCCACAACCAGUACGGUCCCAUGAAUAUGAACAUGGGGAUGAACAUGGCAGCAGCCGCGGCCCAUCACCACCACCACCACCACCACCCGGGUGCCUUUUUCCGUUACAUGCGGCAGCAGUGCAUCAAGCAGGAGCUCAUCUGCAAGUGGAUCGACCCCGAGCAACUGAGCAACCCGAAGAAGAGCUGCAACAAAACUUUCAGCACCAUGCACGAGCUGGUCACGCACGUCUCCGUGGAGCACGUCGGCGGCCCCGAGCAGAGCAACCACGUCUGCUUCUGGGAGGAGUGUCCGCGCGAGGGCAAGCCCUUCAAGGCCAAAUACAAACUGGUCAAUCACAUCCGCGUGCACACGGGCGAGAAACCCUUCCCCUGCCCGUUCCCGGGCUGCGGCAAGGUCUUCGCGCGCUCCGAGAACCUCAAGAUCCACAAAAGGACCCACACAGGGGAGAAGCCUUUCCAGUGCGAGUUCGAGGGCUGUGACCGGCGCUUCGCCAACAGCAGCGACCGGAAGAAGCACAUGCACGUGCACACGUCGGACAAGCCCUACCUGUGCAAGAUGUGCGACAAGUCCUAUACGCACCCCAGCUCGCUGCGCAAGCACAUGAAGGUCCAUGAGUCCUCCCCGCAGGGCUCCGAGUCCUCCCCGGCCGCCAGCUCCGGCUACGAAUCGUCCACGCCGCCGGGGCUCGUGUCCCCCAGCGCCGAGCCCCAGAGCAGCUCCAACCUGUCCCCGGCCGCGGCGGCGGCGGCGGCUGCAGCGGCGGCGGCGGCCGCGGCGGUGUCGGCCGUGCACCGGGGCGGCGGCGGCGCGGGCAGCGGCGGGGCGGGCGGCGGCUCCGGGGCGGGCUCCGGCGGGGGGCGGCAGCGGCGGGGCGGGCGGCGGGGGCGGCGGAGGCUCCGGCGGGGGCAGCGGCACGGCCGGGGGCCACAGCGGCCUCUCCUCCAACUUCAAUGAAUGGUACGUGUGAGG